UUCAACGGUUUCCUUUAUAUGACAUUGUCUGGGAAUCCGAAUGUUAAGCAAACAUCUGAAACUAUUGUAGAGCGUCAUGUUAUGAUCUUUUAGCUUCAGACGGUUAAAUGUAUUUUUCUGUUGGGGAUAUUAUUACCUAGCCAUAAAACCCAUAGAGCGUGUCAACUUCAAUUAAUGAAUCAGAUUGUUUCUUUCGGCAUCGACUUUCCUUAACUAUAGUAAUUGUUUUGUUUUAACCUUAUAAAUAAAUGAACAUUUUUGUCUGCUAUGGUAAGCUAACCAUGUUUUAUUUGUUUGGUUUUUAGCACUGAACAUAGUCCAACUCUAUCUCGUGUUCUACAACACGCCCAAGAAUCUGCACUGUGCGAUCAGUUAUCAGAUGCCGUAAUUUGUGAUGUAGAUGAUGGACAAUGUUCUACUUUUCGUAAUCCCUCUGGUUCACCUAUCGCUGUUGCACCCAUGUCACCAGAGUCCAGUAAACCUAAUAAACAUAUUGCAAAAGAUACACAUCCUAAUUCUGAUACUUUCGUAAACAACGUUGAAAAACCCAAUGUUCAACAGGAUUCUGAUUCUAUUGAUAACAGUUUUGGUUCACAAGAAACUGAAUCAAAUGCUGCCGCUGUAACGGAAGCCAAACGUGAAAAACAUCGGAACAAGAAACAAAGUCAACGAGCGGCGAAACGUGCAGCUGCCGAAAACACCAAUACUUUCGAUUUAAGUAAAGCCAGUAAAUCACCUAGCCCAGAAAUUCAGGAUCCUAUUAACUCCUCAUUGUCACCAUGUUACACUCUUUCUCCAAGUGGAGCUAAUGAAAACUGGAACCUAUUAAUUGAGUCUCAAAGUGCGCAGUUUGGUCAGUAUUUAAAUAUAGGCAAGAGUUCGAAUACUGUCAGUGAUUCUAAUACAUGGACUGUAGUUGUACCGUCUAACAGUACACGGUCCCAACGCACUACAUUUAGCACACACGUUUCUUCGCGUGUAGGUAAUGAAAUGGCUGAUUGGAAAACUACCAACUCUAGCAACAGUUCUUAUAAACGUCGACUCUCAAUUCCCGUUUCAAGACAUGAUAUUGGCAAAGUCAUAGGUCAAGGUGGAGCAGUUGUUAGUGCCCUAAGAAAUAUGAGUGGGAUUCAAAUAGACAUCGAAAGUGCGCGAAGUGAUGAAGUAACUGAACGAAUGGUUUAUUUGAAAGGUCCUAGUGAAGCUGUCCAGCGAACCUAUGAAACUAUUCAGGGACUUCUUGAUGGUUCGAUUGCUGGCAAUGAUGUCCUACUAAUGUAUCACGCUUUGAAAAAGUCUUCUACCCUACCAUCAAGUAUGCCAUUUUCUAGUACUAGUUUAAGUUGUCUUACUUCCAAGUUGCAUGGUGCGACUACAGUAACAGUCCAAAGUACAAUUAAAAGUGGGUCGUCCAGUGUUAAGGCUAUCAACCCAAAUAACAAAACGCCUCGUAGAACUGGUAAAUUUUUAACUAAUCCGCUCAUUGCAAAUACCACUAGAUCUACCUCAACUCAACCAACUCCGCUGCCUGUAGUCCCCAAACCCACAAAAACACCAGCAAUAUCCACCUCUAAUAUCAGUAGCAAUAGCACAAUUUCAAGCACCACAGCUACUCUGAUUCCUUUGACAUCUUCCAACUUCUCCAGCCUAAAAUCAUCAACUUCUGGUUCAGUGAGUUGGAGUACUAAAGUCGCAAAUACCAGUUCCUCAAAGGGUAACUUCGCUUCUGUUGCUGCAGCAGGGAUAAGUACUCAUUCGUCACGCCUCGUUAAGCCAGUAGACACCCAGGUGGUAAAAAGUAUUCGUAGUCAGUCAAAAACUGCCGUCCAAAACUUGAUGAGUGCACCAACUCCAGGUUUAUCCAUAACAACGACAACUCCUGUUUCAUUACUAUCUCUCAAUUUGUCUCCGUUCCCAUCGAGUAGCCAUAUGUUUCCAGACUUUAUUCCAUCACUUUCUAAUGUUGGGGAUUUCUGUACUGAUUCUUUAGACGAAGCUAGCUUUCCACCAUUAAAUUCUAAAUGCAUCAAAGUUACGCAGUUGAGAACAGCCACGACGACAACAAUCCCGGCAGUUACUGUGUCGAAUGUGAGAAAUCUUUCGUGUCUCUCUACCACACAUGUUUCCUCAUCGUCUGUGACUACUUGUCCUGUCGAAGGAGUUUCAUUUGGAAUGGACAAACAUAAGAUUAAUACCUCAUCUAGUGACCUAACAUAUAUGCUUUCCAUUAGUGUGUUCGAUAGUCCUGUUUCUACCGUUCAUACAGCAUCCGUUUCAAAUUCAUUCCCCCCAGCAACUCUUCCUACCACAUCACCGUCUAGUUAUGGACCUUUGACGAUUUCUCCUACCUGUGGGGUUGUACACACUUCCCAGCCAAAUACUCCAUUGAGUUCUGGAAGCACACACACUUCAGCUUAUGUUUCUACACCACCUACUACUACAACUCAAACGAAGUCAUUUGCUAGGGCUCCAGGUUCCGAACGCAGCGCGCAUCAAAGAAACGCUAAUGUAACAGCCACUUCGGUCUCCCUUGGUCUAACUGAUUCUUUUCCACCAUCUCUUUUAUCCUUGGAUGUUAACGGUAACAUAAGUACUUCAGUCAAUGGUGCCAGUGACACUACACUUUUCACACCAACGAAGCGGGCUAUUACUUCGGACAUACACAAUCCUGAUUUUCGUCAUGAUUCAAUCUCAAGUCAUUUUCGACCUGAUAGGUCAUGCGAAUGGCAAGCAUCCGAUUCAUCUUCUGCAUUUGGGAAAAACACUACAUUCUCAGCAGCCUCCGACACGCUGACCACAUCCACUAGUGUAGGUAGUUCGGUCAUCGACAGUCACUCAACUAUGAACUCCGUUCCAGUUGUUACAAACGUAUCACAAACACGCGAUCCUAUUAGUUCUCUCCACUCUAUACCAACAUUGUGGUCUGUUUCGAGACCCGAUCUGAAUCCCACUUCAAUAGCUUUUCAACCAUCAUUUCAGACACUUAAUCACGUAGCACCAAACCUGAAGGCCAGUGCUGAGUCAGCUGAUUCAUUAAUGCAGGCUUCCUUACUUCGAAAUGAUUUUACUAAUCAUCCGGUAUCUGACCAGUUUCAAGAUCAGUAUUCUUCCCAAGGAGCUCAAUCUGGCGUCUUGCGUCAAAUGGUCACCCAAGCAUGUCUCCAAAAAUCGAGUCCUGUUGGAUUAUCACAUCUGCAGUCUUCUCACCAUCAAAUUCAAAAUAGUAAUUGCUCUCCAGGUUUAAACAUUUCAAGCACACCUAAUUUGCUACCAACAACCUCAGCAAAUAAUGCUUUAAAUUCAUCUUUGCGGCUAAAGCCUCCGAUGUCUGCUACCUCUGCCUAUCUGGAGUCACGACCUACAGCAUUAAAUGGAUUUCCAAGUAAUUUCUGUCCAUCAACAUCUGCAAUGCCUUUGAAUAAUCAUUUUUCUUCCUUAUUCCCUAUAACUCAACAACAAUCGUUUCCAUUACAGCAGCAACUUUCUUUAGGUCCAGGUACUAUUUCAGCCUUAAAUCAACAGUCUACAAGUGGAUUAUCAACUCGAUUGGGCAAUUCAUCACAUCCUAUGAUCAAUCAAACACAAUUCUCUAUGUGUUCAUCUGGUUCAGGUGGAUCUUACACUCCUCCUCCUUUUAUGACCGGUUACAUUCAACCCAGCAUGCAACCUGUGUGUAGUUCUGCAUCAGUCAUCCAUCCAAAUACAAAUUAUACAUCUCAUCUGCUGAAUGGUAAACACUUUGUUCAUUGAUAUAGUUUAAGCCUUUUUGUGACGUUAACUUUUAACUAAAAGUUUAUGUAGGAAAGUGUAAACACUGGAAAUAUUUUUUACGAACAGUAAUUCUGGUGUAUGUUCUAGUUUUAGAGCUGCAUACAAUAGUACAUUACAAUUAUUUAUUCAGCGGGCUUCAGUAUGUACUUUCCUAAAAGUUAUGAGUGGUGGUUUGUUUCUUCGCUGAGAAAGCAUUGUUCUUCAGCUGUACAGGCAACAAACUAUUGCAUAAUAGAUCUGACUUGGUUCUUCAAGUUUUUUCGCAACUGUAUAGUACUAUUAACCAGCUUGCAAUAUAUAUGAUUUGCACCCUUAUACAUGUGCUUACUUAAUGGAACACAUUUCAUUUGUUUAUCCCGUGGUUUAAAUCAACAUUUCUGAGGUUCUUUGUACAGUUUUCACUUAGUUGAAAUAUGUUAAUAUACUUGGUUAUUCUAGC